AUGCCCAGCAUCAGGCAAAUCAACACAUGCAGUCGAUGCCGCUUGUUGAAGAUUCGCUGCGACAAGACCAAACCGUCGUGCGAGCGAUGUCUCCGAGCCAGAGUCGACUGUUCACUUCGAUCUAACAACUUGGCGCAUGCGACAGCAACAUCGGUGCUGAAUCCUCCCGUCACCGACACUAAUGCCUCGAGCAAUGUCUCGAGCAAAACCUCGUCAAUACGCUCCGAAUCAAGUACGGAACAGCCAUCAUCCCCAAGCGGCAACUGCGCGCCGUCAUCCGACACGACUACUACCGAACAUCGAGGCGCCAAAGCCAUUAGAAGGAGACAGCGCGCUCUUCUGUCGUGCACACGAUGCCAUCGACUCAAAGCCGGAUGCGAUAAACAGUUGCCUUGUUCACGAUGCCGCCGAUCCGGCUGGGCCCGUCAGUGCACAUACACUCAUCGAGUCGAUAACGGCUCUUCAACCAGUGAUGCCUCGCCGAUGAUUGGCUUUGUGACAUCUCACGAGGAUGCCAAGGAUAUCUUUACCUCGUGGCACACACGGCGCCGAGGGACGACACACUGGAAAGCCCUCAUAACCCGGCUCGAGGUUUCGGCACUCAACCUCGGCCAGACGUUUGUCCAUGCCGAAGACAUCAGAAUUCUUCAUAUAGACUGCUCAACCGACAUUCUUCUCCCCAGCAACUUUCCAUUCAACUCCCCUGGUGCUAUCAAAUACGCGUCCUCGCUCGACGAGGUCCGCAACCUCAUCUACAGCCACCGAGACAAAUGUGACGCUUUUGUCGAGGCCUAUCUCGCGCUCUACCAGCCGGUUCAUCCCAUCCUCGACCCCCCUCGCUUCCUCAAAGAAAUCAACUACUUCUGGGAAGAUGCCGCGCAGACUGACGUCUCCUGGCUUUCGACCUACCUCAUGGUUCUCGCACUUGGAUGUUUUGCUGUGACACGCGACUCGCCAUCGACAAUCGAGCUUUGUCUGGCAGCCGAAUCUUGCCUGGCCAGAACAACCUUCAUGGUGCGGCCGAGCAUGUCCGUGAUGCGGACGUUUUGCCUCAUAGUCCUUGCCAAGCAGCUUGCCAACGGAACAUGCUGGUCCUUUGAUGCAAGCUGGUCAUUGCUCGGCAUCAUCGUGCGGCUCGCAGUUUGCAUCGGACUCCAUAAACCGCCAGUUGCGAGUUCAAAGCCCAUGGAUAGUCAUGCGGUCACUGUUUCUGAAUGGCAAACCGGGCAUAUUCUAUGGAUCACCAUUGUCUAUUUCUGCAUCCAGACGGCGGCCAUAACAGCCAGAGUCAACUCAGACACAGAGAAACCUACAUACGACGAGAUUCUUCGAUACAACGCUGACAUUAAACUCCUCAUGGCGACUACCUUGGAGCACCCCGGAUGCAGGAACCCAUCUCUGCGAGCCGUCCUUGACAUCUUCUUCCGUCGUAUUCUGCUCGUGCUUCAUCGCUGUCACGCCCUACGUCCCGACGCUCCCAUAUUGCAUCCAGUCUCAUACUGGGCUUCUCUCGAGUGCAGCCUCGCAAUCCUCGUCCAUCACCGCGAUCUGUGCGAACACGUGGGGAAUCCCGAUAACCGGGAUCUGUUAGGUCGCUUCUUCAAGCUGGACUUCUUUGCUGCUGCACUGACGGCCGGCCUGCAUCUGCUGCAGGCAGAUGCGCCACUGGCAGAUGGGUUUUCGAUACCACCGAGGCAGACGAUACUCGAGACACUGGAGACUUGCACUGAGAUAUGGGGCCGGGAUAAGGAGAGGCCUCAUUAUGUCCAGAUAAUGCUCGUUUCUAAGUGA